AAACAAUCUUAAUAAUUCAGCAAUUUUUCUUAUCAAAUCUCCUGAGUUUUCAGUCAGAAAUCAUUAAAAAUCAUGUCAAAUUUGACUGUCCGCAGAACCACAGCUGCUGAUCUGGAUGACAUCAUCGGUAUGAUCCAGGAACUCGCAGACUUUGAGAAAAUGCCAGCCGGACCCCAACUUACAACAAUUGACCUCCUCAGAGACGGCAACUUCGACUCAAAAAGCGCAGCUCCACUUUUUUAUUCAUUUGUAGCAGAAAUCCUUGAAGACAAUAAACCAAAACUCGUCGGCUAUUCAAUUGGAUUCUUUACAUACUCAACAUGGCAAGGCAAGGCUUACUUAAUGGAGGACAUUUAUGUUAAGCCAGCAUACAGAAUGACUGGAGUUGGAAAGAAAUUGUUCCUAGAAAAUGUCAGAUUCGCAAAUGAACAAAAUUGCAGUCGAUUUGACUUUCAUGUACUGGACUGGAAUCCAGCGAAGGGAUUUUAUGAGAAACUAGAUGCUGAAAAUUUGACUAAGAGCGAGGGUUGGGAGUUCUUUAGGUUGAAUAAGGAGAAAAUGGUGAAGUUGUGUGAGAAUUGAAAGGAAAUAAAGCAAAUUUUUAUAUAA